AUGAGUCAGGAACAACCAAGACGACCACAACCUGAAGAUCAAGAGCCCAUCAAAUAUGGCGACGUAUUCCAAGUCUCCGGCGAAAUAGCCAACAAGCCCAUCACCCCACAAGAUGCCGCAACCAUGCAAACCGCCGAGAACAUGGUUCUAGGUAAAAUCCAGAAAGGUGGACCUGCCGCCGUCAUGCAGUCAGCUGCUUCGGUGAAUGAGAGCCGCGGUGUCGUAAGCCAUUACGACGUAACUAGCGACACCGGAGAUCAAGGUGUCACUGUAUCCGAAGCUGUAGUCGCCGGUCAUCACAUCGUAACCGAGUCUGUCGGCGGAGAGGUGGUGGGACAAUACGUAGGAACCGGUACGGCGUCAUCUCCUCCUCCGCCUAUCUCCGUCGGUGACGAUCAGGUUACAAUUGGAGAAGCAUUGGAGGCUGCUGCCAUAUCUGCUGGAGAGAAACCGAUAGACCAGAGUGAUGCUGCAGCCGUACAAGCGGCGGAAGUCCGAGCAACCGGUCGUAUGCAGGUGGUACCGGGUGGCGUGGCAGCGAAAGCUCAGGCUGCGGCCUCUCAGAACGCCCGAACUAUGCGUGAUGAGGACAAGACAAAGCUUGGAGAUUUAUUGAUGGAUGCGAGUACAUUGCUGCCGAGAGACAAAGCAGUGACGAGGGAGGAUGCUGAGAAGGUGAUUGGGGCGGAGAUUAGGAACCAGCCGGAGUUGGCUACGUACCCUGGUGGGGUUAGUGCGUCGAUGGCGGCAGCGGCCAGGCUCAACCAGAAGUGA